AUGAGCUACAUCAUCAAUGAGUUAUGUCGCUUCCGUAUGCUCGUAGGUGGGGUAUACCUGGGCAUUGCUAUCAGCUCGUCCUACGGUUUCAGCAUCUUCACAGAGUAUCUUAAGAGCAAGUAUGGCUUUACUCAAAGUGAAAUAAACACUAUCAGCACGGUUGGAAACUGUGCAGGCUAUCUCUGUUUCUUUGCUGGCAUGUUGUUUGACUAUAUAGGACCUAGGGUGGUAAUAUUAAUCUCAGGUUGCCUGGGGACUUUGGGGUUCUUGCUGUAUGGUCUUGCUUUCGAUGACAUAAUUCCGAACGAUAAUAAUAAAAACCUAAUGCUAUUCAAGUUCUGCAUAUUCAAUGUCAUCCUUUAUUUUGGAUCACCCUCCCUGGAUGUAUGUGCAUUGAUGUCGCUUAUGCUUAACUUUCCGCUUGAACGCGGGUAUAUGGUGAUUAUUCAGAAGACCUUCUCCGGUCUCGGUACCGCGGUAAUCAUGGCUUACUUCAACGCUUGGUUCUACAAAAGUAGUGGUACAUCAUUCAGUUCUUAUGCUUACUUUCUUGCGGCCCAAUUUGCAUUGUGUGCGUUUGCGGGAUUUAUUACGAUUGACUUGCCGCCCUACUACAUGUGCGAUUACACGAAAAGACGUAUAUCCGAAGAAGAGAAGGCGGAGCGCGAGGAGACCCGAAAGUACUAUAUGACUCAACACGCGCCAAAGCGGCGCUUACUAGUAGGAUGCAUGCUGACCAUUCUGUUGUUGAUCUUUGCGGUAAUCAGUUCUAUUAUAUUGAAAAUUGUUGAUGUCACUCAAAGUGAACGCUAUGUCAUUGGGUUUGUUGCGCUUUUUCUGGUUUCUCUCUUCACGAUCAUGGCGUUUCCAUUCCAAAUAUUAGGCCGCUACACCCGAAUCCAAAAAGCGCAUCCCAAGUUUCCGGGUUUAGGUCUCCCCUAUGAUGACAAUCGACAGGGAACCAAAAGCGUGCGGGGCACUGAGCCAGAUGAGAUCUGCAACGAAAGGAUGCCGUAUUCCAAUUCCCAUGAACAGCAUCACACUGAGAUGAAUUCAGAUCUAUCGCCUGGGAAAGACAAAAAUAGAAGUACUGAGACCGGUUGCCUAGAAUACUUACAGAGCACGCCAUUGGGAGACUCGGCUGAAGAGAAGAAGGCGUCUACACAAUUAGGUGAUCCACAAAUUCAUGGAAGUUUCUGGAGCCAUCUGUUGACUCCGGAAUUAUGGCUUCUGUGGGUAACCUUCUUCGGUGUAUGGGGAACAGCCACUGUGAUGAUCAUGAAUGCCGCGCAGCUCUAUCGCAGCAUUAACAUGGGUGCGAUUUCCAACGUAAGACUCAGUCUGUACAUCACGGUCAUCAGCCUUGGAAGUGCGAUUGGGAGGCUUACAAGCGGCCUGAUUGAUAUGUGGCUAAUUAACAAACGUCUGGAAGGGCAGACAACCAUGUUGAUCACUACGUUUUUUCCAUUGUCUGCCCUCUUCUUAACACUCGGCUACUUCCUUUUUUCAGUUGUUGGCGUCGAUUUUCUCAUUUUGCCCUUUUUAUUGGUUUCGGUGGGUAACGGAAUGGGGUGGGGUAUGGGCAGCCUUACAGUUCGUGUAAUCUAUGCUGAAGAUAUUGGUAAGCACUACAACUUUAUGUUCUUUUCAGGCUUUGUCUGUACGAUCGCGCUUAAUCUAUUUAUGUUCGGAGGUUUAUACGACAGUAAGGCCAGAAAGUACGGUACCUCACCGGCCUGCAACCAUCCAGACUGCGUGCGUCCCCAAAUGUGGAUUCUCAUGGCCGUAAAUCUCGUGUCAUUGAUGACUUCUCUAAUUUUACAUUUCCGUUUCAGAGGGUUUGUACAACGUGAACUCUUGAAACGAAAGGAAGAGGCCUAA